UGCUUCUGGGGGCCUGGAAGAAGACUGCAUACUAAAUGAUUACAGCUGGUAUUGUUUUAAUGGCCAGUCUCUAUUUGUAAUGUGAAAAAUUAUGGGAAAAGUAAGCCAUAACUAUUGAACAAUAGAAAACAAUGGUAACAGGGUUACAUGCCUGUAGCCUAAGUAUAGAACAUUCUUCCUUUUCUCGACAUGUAUUUACUUCUACUUUAUGAAUUAUUUAGCCUGGUUGUCUUGAUUGUCCUCCAGCCUCACUCUCUCAUUGUAAAGACAGGAGUCAGUGUUACAGACAGGGACAGUCCAGACGCUCAUAUACAAAGACAGCACGUUUCUGUCUGCAGCAGCUGAGCUGCGCUGAGCACCACCUCCAGCAUCAGCAGCAGCAGCAGCAGAUCUAGGAGGGUUUUGGAUCACAGCUGAAAGACCGACGACGCAUUUGAACAGCGGCAGGCUCGAGAGCAGUCAAUGAUAAUGGCUCACUGGCUGGUUACCGGUUGCCGGUCGCUGGUUUCCGGUGGCUUGGGGGACAGUCGAGGCUUUUGAAUGAGCGGAGGUGUCGCUGGAGCGCUGUCCGAGGUGCUGAAAAGCCGCCGACAGACCGCCCGCUGUCUCUUUUUCCAGUCGAGACGAUACGCAUGAACUGACGUGAACGCCGAGCAGCACAACAACGGGCACACCAGUUCGGCGGCUAACACAGCAUCCCCGGCCAGGGUAAAUGGGACCGCACGUCGCCCGAGCGUUAGAAAGAUGGAGAGAUCUAUUUUCCUGCUCGUCCUCAGCUGUCUCUGCGCCUCUCGAGUCACAGCGGAUAGCUUGUCACCUCCUGUCAAUGUGACCAUCAAAGCGGUGAAAGCAAACUCUGCUGUGGUGACAUGGGACAUCCCAGAGGGAGACCCCGUUAUUGGCUUCGCCAUCACACAGCAGAAGAAAGACGUGCGCAUGCUGCGAUUCAUCCAGGAAGUCAACACCACCACACGCUCCUGUGCAUUAUGGGACUUGGAGGAAGAGACAGACUACAUUGUGCAUGUCCAGUCCAUCAGCAUGUCUGGGACGAGCCCGCUGAGCGAACCUUUGCGCUUCCGAACGCCAAAGGAGGCCGAGACUCAGGCCUCUAAGAGUAAAGACGAAGUGACGAUGGAAGAAGUGGGCCAGUCCACCCAGCUGAGGGCGGGGGAGCUUAUCAUCAUCGUGGUGGUACUUAUCAUGUGGGCAGGUGUGAUCGCUCUCUUCUGUCGCCAGUACGACAUAAUCAAAGACAACGAGCCCAACAACAACAAGGACAAAGCCAAAAACUCCUCCGAGUGCAGCACUCCUGAACAUCCGACAGGGGGGCUGUUGCGCAGUAAGGUAUAACCCAACCCCCUCCUCCCCCACCCCGGGUGCCUCCCCCACAGCGGCGCCGGGCAGUUCCCCAAGAACAACAACAACAACAAUAGAAUGCCAUCUGUCAACAUCAUUGAGGUGUGACUGCCAGAACAUCUUCUCUUUAUCUAAAAGACUUUGUGUUCUCACAAGCAAGCAGACCCCUUUUAUAGGCCCAUCUGCUUGUCAGGAUGAGGCUAGGACUGUGGGCCCCUCGGCAGCAUUUACUCUCCUUUGGCACGGGGCCCUGCCGCUGAAGGGAAGCUGCAUGACUCUGGGGGUCAGGCACGACCUGGCCGGAGCUGGUCUGAGAGCUGAGUCUGCAGCAGAGUGACUGUGGCGAGAGUUCAGGGGCUGCUCCGUGCUCAAUAACUACUGUACCAUGGGGCAGCAGAGAUUAGGGCCAAAUGGUUCCGAUGGUGGAGAAAAACCAACCCCAGGGACCAAAGCCAGAGACCUUUUCAUUCUCUCUCUCUCUCUCUCACCUCUUUCUUCUCACCAUUUUUCAGUGCAUUAUAAACAACCACAAACUUGGACAUUUCCAAUUACUGGGUGGCUCUAAGAUACAUCCACUUUGUCGAAAUCGUCUCCUGUACUUUAAUCUUCUACACCUUAUUUUCUUCAUAAUGUUUUAUACGCUCUCUGAAUUGAAGGUAGACACUGUAUACCAUUCAUGUAUUAGUAUUAUUGUAGUUUUACUUAUUUUACUUUUAACAAGGUGCCACCAGAGCAGUCGUGUUGUCCUGGUAUCUUUUUUAUUUUUUUAUUUUUAGAUCCCCCCCUCAGGCAAGGAAACUCCUGUGGGAAAUGAUUUCAUUCUGGCAAGCUUAUUUUCCCCCCUCAGGGAAUCCAGACUCCACCUGGCUGAUUUAGGAGCCAUUUCUCACAUGUACUGUGAUGACGCCAUUGCAGCUUUAGAGGGAUCACUCGGCUCAUCACCGGAGCUGAAUCACCCAAUUUGUCAGAAAAGACAAAAGUAAUUCACUAAUAUUGAAAGGCAUCUCUGACCAGAACACAUGUAUACAGUGAAGUGUGUAACCAGGCCAGCUGUGGUAUCAUUUUGGUUACAUUUGCGUUUUUCCUCUAACUUCUUUUAUGCUUUUAUUAUAGAUUUCUGAAAUGUUACAUUCCACAUCCAGGAUGAGCCCUUUAGUAUUCCCUUGUGUCUUUCUGUUUGAGGGUGAUGAAUUUCAAAGCAUGUCAUAAUGGAGUGCAUUCAUCUAAUUAAAGGACUAUAAAAAGGGACUGGACUCUAUGGAUGUCUAUGGAGAAGUGGCUUCUGCAGAAACACUGAAGAGAUCCCUUAUAUCAGCAAUAAGCACGGAAGCAAGGACUCAAACUCUGUAGCCUGUUCGUCCAAAACUUGACCUCCCGGCAUGCAAUGUUCAGACAGAUGAACAAACUGCACAUCGAAUAUUGAGGGAAUUAACCCUGAGCUUCAUUUGCAGGUAAUCCCUCUCCUGAACUUUUAGAGAAGUCUUUCAGCACUGUUGUAAAAAAUUCAGUUUCUGAUUGAGAGCAUGGAAAAAAAACUUUUUAUGGGCCCAAAAUUCAACCCAGAGACUUCCUUAUGACAUCCUGAACAGAUGUCACCAAGACACAAGGGCUUCUAUCAAGACUUUUUCACAAAUCAGAGUGAACAUUUGCGUUGAAACUCCAUGUUGAGGAGACUAAGAAUAGCGAUAAGGGAUCCACACUGUUACCAUACGGUACUGUGCACUGUAUACCGCAAGGGAACUUGUUUGAAGAAAGCAAAUAGUGUAUUUGAGGGCUGAUUCAAACUCAGUAGUUCUGCCUUAAAAAUAAUUGUAUCUUAUGAUUUAUCUAAUAAGAUGGAAAAGCCCUGUAUCUCACAUUUGAGUCAUAUUCAUUAGCUUUCACAUAAUAUUUAACUGUGUGCAAAGCAAAAGGAAACAUUACAGAUGACGUGCAGACCGAGCUGAGGUAAGAUUGAAAAUCUGGGAAAAAGUGGUUGACAUUGAAUGUGUAAAUAUAUUUUAUAUUUUAUUCUAGUUUGGUGGUGUCAGCUUAGAGAGCCUUGAAAUAUGACUAAUGUGGAAAAUGUAUAGAAUCCUAAUGUAAAAGGAUACUGCUACUGGUGAUUUCUUUUGUUAAUACACUGUUGUUAAAGUCUUUUUCAUAGCACUCCUAUACGCUUAUGUAUUUCUAUUAAAUCAUGUCAUCGUGCUGUUUAUGUGCAUUAUAAGAAAAAAAAACUCUUCUUGAUGAGGAACAUGAUGAAAAGCGCUGGAUACUUUAAAUAAUCAUCCAAACAUAAAUAGUUGAGAGCCUUUCAGCGGCUGGACAUCCAUCUCACAAAUACAUGCACACAAACACAACAGGUCACAACACCCAUAGCCUCAAGUGUGGUGGUAGUGAGAGGCAGAAAAGAUGGUUAAGAGAGCGCAAGGAAGGAUACGGUUGAGCGGAGUGGGUAGAAUGAUUACUAAUGCAAUGGCAGGCUUUUAUCACUCCUUGGCUCCCUCUCCUCCCACUGAGAGUGAAAAAGCUCAAGAUUGCGCUCCUCGAAUGAGCUCAGAUUCACGUCAGAUGCAGGAGCAGGUUUAAAGUACAGUCAUAAAGUGGGGAAAGGGAAAAGGAAUGUGGCCUGUCGGACUGAUUAACACUGAUGUUUAAGCUGUUACCAGGACAAAAAUCUCUUUGUGAAACCUCAAAACCAUGUUCUGCUGCAUUACCCAGUUAUCAGCACUUCACCGAAAACUUCUGCAGCUGGUUGAAACUGUUUUUCCCCAGGAACACUGCACCCGGAGCUGCUGGCUCUCCAAUCGAUAGGCAUCCAUCCACACGCAGUAACAGAUAAUGAUUGUCGUCUCCCUGGAUGGUUUCUUUAAACUAGGGCCAUGUGUGCCAAAAAUAUAUUUCUAAACACAUUCCCUGUGGGUAUUUUUUAAAUUUAAUUUCCUCUUCUGUUGCUUAAAUGAGUGCAACUUCAGGCAGCAACACAAGAGGUUUACUUAUAGAACUGUCACAGAGGUUCAACUAGGAAUCAUUUGUCCUUAUCCGAAUCGAGGGUCUAUAGAGGGUGUCUUAUGCUGUACAGAUCGUAAAGCCCCUUGAGGCAAAGUUGUGAUAUUGGGCUAUAUAAAUAAAAUUGACUUGACAACUGAAUAAAAAGUAAAAAGUAAAAACUGAGUGGUUUAACUGCCGGUGUAAUUACUAUAUUCCUUAUUACCUUGUUAUUAAAUGCAGGGCUAUUGUAGUUUGUUGUCCAACUUCACUGUUAAAGAAUAGUGUGACAUUUUGGGAAAUAUGUUCAUGCACUUUCUUGCAGAGAGCAAGUAGAGAAGAUUGUUACCACUCUCAUAUCUAUAGCCUAGUUUAGCAUAAAGACUGGAAACAGGGCUUCAGACAUGAGCGCUAUCAAUUUUCCCAUCCAACUCUUGGCACAAAAGCAUUUUUUCCCUAAAUGUCAAACUAUUCCUUUAAGGGUUACAGCUUCUGCAUACAAGCAAUGUGUUUGAGUGAGCUCUCAUGCACAGAGAUGAUAAUCCAGCAGCCUCGGUUUGAUGUUAUAUCAAACAUAUAUCAACAGUUAUAUAAUAUAUAAUUUGAGGGGUUAGACAAUGUUUAACAACUACACAGAGGUCUUGGACAUGUUGGAUGAAUUAAUGGAAGACAUCUGGCUAUCUAAUUAGAGUCCACACAUUUCAUAUCUUGUGGUGUUAUGUGCAGUUUGUUCGGUCAGUCAUGCGUGGACCUUUACUGUCCCUACUUAUAAAAAACAAACUGGAUUCAACCACUAUUGGUGUUGCUGGUUAAAACAGGUUUAGUAAUACACCUGUCAACCACAGAUCCUUAAAUCACUUACAUCUUAUGGUGACGACUAAGAACUCAACAUUCCACUUGAGCCCUGUGGUGGCAAACCACUCUUCUAGCAACACACUGAGGACUUUUUUUUCAGUGAUGUGUUCUCAUGCUACUGUUUGUAUGAUACAAUGCCCAAAAAAUAUGGUAUGCUUAGUAGCAGAAAUGGGACUACUUUGUGACGAGACAACAGAGCAGUAAAAAUACACUGGAUUCUUUUCUUUUUUUUUUAAAACAUCUUACACACAUGUAUUUUGUAUUAAACUACAAACAUGCCUGGAAUGCAUCAUUGUGAUAUUACAGGGAAAUUGGACUAUUUCAUAAGUUCUUUAAAUAUAGUAAUGAGAUCCACAAAGCAGCAUGUUUUAGAAAAUGAACUGCUUUAUUAGUGCUAUCAUGUUUAUAUUAAUUGAAUGAAGUGUACAGGAGUCAUUGCUUAACGAGGGCUAGCAUGGUUUAACUAUUAUGCACAAGGUUACACAACUUCAGUUAUUUAGAAUAUGGUGUAUGCUUCAAUAAAAUGAAAAAAUAUCUUAAUAUUUUCAA